CUUUUUCAUAAAUUUGCCAUUUGUACAGAUUGUAAGUCAAGCUUUACCCCUUUUCAGAUACGAUUAUGGACCUACAUCAAGUGAAACACGGAGUAAAUGAAAAUACUGAGCCUAAAAAUAACAAACAAGGUGAUGUAAAUGCAUGCUGUGAUUUUGGAGAUGAAACAUUUUCUCAAAAUAACAACUUACAUUUAAUACAAUCACUGCCGAGUACAGAAUACGUGAAACUUGAAAUAGAAGAGAUAAUUGAAGAAGAAGAAAAGGUAGAAGAAGAAAUUGAUGAUGAUGAUGAUGAUGAUAAUAAUGAUGAUGAUGAUGAUGGUAAAGUAGAAGGAAAAGAGAAAAAAGAAGAUGGAGAUAAUGCAGUUCAAAUCACUCCUGAACAGAGACCCAAAAGAAAAAAGCCUAUUGUAAGCAGAGAGAAAAACCAGAAACAGAAGCAGACUAGACGUAACUUGACAUUUACAAAGCUUGCAUGGGAUAGAUGGAAUGAUUUAAAGAAAAGUCUAAGUGUGAAAACCCAUAGUGACCUGGCUUUACUGCUUAUUGAUUGCUGGUUUGAAAGACAUGGUAAUUCUGGACUUGAACAAAACACACAUGUUGAUGAUGGUGAUGGUGAUGAAUCUGUGAAAUUUAAGACUGAAGAAGUCAAGGUGGAAAUAAAUGACGAAGCGUCCAAUGAUUCUACAGAUAUAGACUAUGAUGAACUUACUGACUUUAUCAAGGCUAGGGGUAAACAAGAUAAUAAUACUGGCACUGAAAACACUGAACAAAUUGAGCCAGAGUACCUUGUAGCUGGGUUAAUCUCAGAUUACAAUAAAGGCAAUCUGCACUCAAAUAAAUCUGGUACAAAGACGAAAAUGAAGAAACCUAAAGCAUCUUAUGACCCUGAUUAUGAUGUAAAUGACAUUAAUGAUGACGAUGAUGAGGAACCAGUACCUCAAAGAAAAAAGAGGAAAUCUACUCAGAAAAGUAAAAAGGAGAGUAAAGAAAAGAAGUCAAAAGUAACACCUAAGAAUGGUAAAAAGAAAAAGGCUAAAAGCCCUGAACCUAAAAAACCAUGGAUAAAAAUACAGCUUUCAGAACACGAGGAUAAAUAUCUUGUAGAAAGUUUGAAAUCUUUUGCACGUAUGAACAGGAGUAACGAUGCUGUCGAGACUUUAUUUUCAUGCUUAGUUUGUAAUCAUUUUAAAUGUGCGUCAAAAGAUAUAUUUGAAAAUCAUAUAGAGAAGCAUAUAAACAAGGUGUUGGAUUGUGAGGGAUGUCAGUAUAUAGGGAAUAGUGAACAGGAUAUUCGUGAACACAAGUGGACAUGUUGUAAAAGACCAAAGAGGGAGAGCGUAUGCCCGCUGUGCGGUCAUUGGACGGCUUCUUCUGAGAGUCGAAGGCAUCAUCUCGGAAAAGUUCAUGGUAUACCUAGUUGGAAGUGUAUUUUCUGUCCUGACAUGUUCAAAACAAGGGAUGAAAGAAAAGAUCAUAUGAGAACUGUCCAUGAGGAGGCCUGCCAGUACUGUGAAUCUUGUAAAUUGUGCAAGUACCUUCUUAGCAAAGAAGAGUUCAAGGCCCAUCUAGAAAAUUGUAGUUCAAGCGUACAGUGUCAGAUUUGUGGAUUGUUGGUAAAAACAAAGAGCAUGAAUAAGCAUAUUCAGAGUAAGCAUGAAAACAUUCGAAAACAUCAGUGUCACAGGUGCCCGUAUGCUGCAAAAACUUUAAGGAGGUUGAAAACCCAUCUUCUAUCUCACGACAAUAUUCACCCAUUUAAAUGCAACAUGUGCCCAUUUACCUGUAUUCAAUCCAACCAGCUUAAAUCACACAUGCGCACACAUACAGGAGAAAAACCAUACAAAUGUACACAGUGUAAAUAUGCUGCAGCCUGGAAUGUCCAACUCAAAGAUCACAUCAAAGUUCACAGUAUUGCAACAGCUGUCAUGUGCCAGGAAUGUGACGUUGCUUUCAUAAAUGAAAGGACUCUGAAUUUACAUACAAAAAAGGAACACUGUUAGACUAUGUGAUUAUAUAAUUAUUUUAUAUGAAAUACUGGUAUGCUUUUUGUUGGUACUUAACCUAGAUUAAUUAUAAAUAUAAAUUAUAAAUUGAAAUAAUGUUAUUUAUUUAUUAAAGGUAAGCUUUAGGCAAGAAGUUCCUUUUGACAGUCUUGCAUAUAUGCACUUAACAUUCCUAUUUAUUGUUUUUAAAGAGUAUAAAUCUAUAUCUUAUGAAAUUUUUAUAAAAUUUAUCAACUUGUUCCAUAAUCUUACUGUUGAUUCUUGAAAGAGGUGUAACAAAGAAUGUCUCUGUUAUUUUAUACACAUGAAUAUUGUACGCAAACAGAAUAAAAUGUUACAGAACCAAA